UCGUACAUCCCCCCGAUGCAAAAUCAAGCUGAUCGACCUCGCGUUGCCGGGCUCACGAUUUCCCAGAUAAUCGCGCUGAUCGACUUGGCGCGCAUCCAGCCCGAGCUCCUCGCGCGCAUCAUGGUCGAGAUCGGUGUGCUGCCAGACCUGGGAGUCGAGUGCUCGGCGUGCCAGAGCGGCACGAUGGAGUUGAAGACUUGGGGCAGCCAGACGGACAAGCAUACCCAGAAGCGCGAGUCCAACCUCGACCCGAAGGGCCCCUUGAAGGAGUUGUUCAACCAGGGCUCUGUGAACACCACCCGCACUCCCGUCGCCAUCGCCCACGCAGCGACUCAGCACGCCUCGGGCUACGAGUCGUCGGACGAGCUGGCGGUGCAGGUGGGGAUAUCGAAGAACGCAUCUCAGCGCAUUGCCAGCGUGGUGCGGGCCAUAUGCGCUCGCGCAGCUCAGGCCGAGCAAGAUGAGUUCAAAUGGCCCCGCGGGUGCCUCGUUGAAGCCGACGAG